AUGAAUGAAAAACUUGGUGGUACUGAAGAUUUCAAGGCCAGCACUGGUUGGCUCCAGAAAUUUAAAAAUUGCCAUGGUAUACGUAAACUAAAAGUACAAGGUGAAUCAUUAUCAGCGUAUUCAAAUGCUGCUGAAGAAUUCAAUGAAAAAUUCAGCUCAAUUAUAGAUGAAGAAGAGUACGGCAAAGAUGACAUUUACAAUGCUGAUGAAACAGGCUUGAACUGGAGAUCAUUGCUCAAAAAAUCACUUGCAGCUCGUCAAGAAAGUGCCGCACGUGGCUUCGAAGUUUCAAAAGAGAAAAUCACAAUCAUGACAUGUGCUAAUGCAGCUGGUACACAUAAAUUGCCAUUAUUGGUGAUUGGAAAAUCGAAAAAACCCAGGUGCUUAAAAAAUGUUACAAGUUUACCUGUGACUUACACAGCUCAAAAAAGUGCUUGGAUAGACUCGAAAUUAUUUAUCAAUUGGUAUGAAAAUGGUUUUAUAAAAAACCCAAUGGAUCAGGGGGUAAUUGAAAAGUUUAAACGAAUGUAUAGAAAACAAAUGCUGAGAAGUUUGUUAUUGAAUGAUGGUACUGAAAAAGGUGUAAUUCAAUUUGCAAAAGCAUUGACGUUAAAGCACUGCUGCUAUAUGGCAGCAGAUGCUUGGUUAAAUUUAACAGAAGAAAAUUUAAAAAAAGCAUGGAUGAAAUUGUGGUUAGAGCCAGUGGAAGUAGAAACUAAUGAAAAGACGGACAAUGUUAAUGACAUUGUUGAUUUAUUCAAUCAACUUCCUGAUUUUAAUAACUGUGACAAUGAUGAUGCAAAUGAUUGGUUAACAACUGAUGAGAAUGAUCCAGGAUAUCAUGUUCUUCAUGAUGAUGAAAUUAUUAAUUUAUCACAAAAUGCAAGUGUUAAUCACAUGCUGAAGCAUUCAAAGCAUUUGAGACUGGUCUUGAAUGGUUUGAAAAGCAAGCAGAAAGUUGUUCUGCUCAGUUGCUACUUCUGA